UUCCGUACACACGUGUUGUACCCGGAAGUGCAGGAGACACGCUGCGCUGGUUCUCGGUCCCACGCGCGGCGGUUCUGUCGGAGCGGGUCAGAUCGGCGCGAGCUGGGUUCUGUCGGAGCGGGCUGUGACGUCAUGGCGCUGCUCGCCGACUGUGUUCCCGGCCAGUUUGAUGACGUAGAAGAAAGCAGCGACCAAUCACAGCUGUCGGUGCUGCAAAGCCAGCUUGGUGAUGUGAGACUGGAGCCUUCAUCAGCCAGCAGGCAGGAGGAGGAGGAGGAGGAGCAGGAGGAGGAGGAGGAGGAAGAAGAGGAGGAUGAUGAAGAUGAAGAGUGGGAGUGGAGCAGAGGCGGAGCCAACCUGACCAAGCGCUGCAGCAGCAGUCAGUCCAACAGACAGGGUGUGUCCUGUAAACCCUGCACGCCGGCCGACAAAGCCCUGAGGAAGUACGAGAACAAGAUCAACCUCGAUAAACUGAAUUAUGCCGACUCUGUGAUCAACAAGGUGACGACGAUGCAGAAGCAGAAAGAAGCUGACACGUAUCGAGUGAAGGACAAAUCAGAUCGGGCCACAGUCGAGCAGGUUUUAGAUCCUCGGACUCGGAUGAUCCUGUUCAAGAUGCUGAGUCGGGGCGUCAUCUCUGAAAUCAACGGCUGCAUCAGCACCGGGAAAGAGGCCAACGUUUACCACGCCAGCACAGCCAGCGGAGAGAGCCGAGCCAUCAAGAUCUACAAGACCUCCAUCCUGCUGUUCAAAGACCGAGACAAAUACGUCAGCGGGGAGUUCAGGUUCCGUCAUGGUUACUGCAAAGGAAACCCCAGGAAGAUGGUCCGGACCUGGGCCGAGAAGGAGAUGAGGAACCUGAUCAGGCUGCAGACGGCCGGCGUGCCGAGCCCCGAGCCGCUGAUGCUCCGCAGCCACGUUCUGCUCAUGAGCUUCAUCGGCAGAGACGACAUGCCGGCUCCUCUGCUGAAGAACGCGGCGCUCUCUGAGUCCAAGGCGCGGCAGCUCUACCUGCAGGUGGUGCACAACAUGAGGACCAUGUACCAGCAGGCGCGGCUCGUCCACGCCGACCUCAGCGAGUUCAACAUGCUGUACCAUGACGGAGACGCUUACAUCAUCGACGUGUCGCAGUCGGUGGAACACGACCAUCCGCACGCGCUGGAGUUCCUGCGCAAAGACUGCAGCAACAUCAACGAGUUCUUCGUGCGUCGCGGCGUGGCGGUGAUGACCGUCAGAGAGCUGUUCGACUUCGUCACCGACCCGUCCAUCACCUGCCACAACAUCGACCUCUACCUGGACAAGGUGAUGCAGGUGGCAGCAGAGCGCACGGCGGAGCAGCGCUCUGAUCAGGAGCGAGUGGACGAGGAGGUGUUUAAGAGGGCCUUCAUCCCCCGCACGCUGACGGAGGUCAGCCACUACGAGCGAGACGUGGACGCCGUGCGGGCGGGCGAGGCCGAGAGCGAGGACGGCGUGCAGAACGACAGCGUUCUGUAUCAGACGCUGACGGGCCUGAAGAAGGACCUGUCAGGAGUUCAGACGGUCCCUGCUCUGCUGGAGGACCACACAUCCUCCUCUUCAUCAGAGGAAGAGGAGGAGGAGGACGAGGAGGAGGGGGAGGAGCUUCAGGCCGAGCGGCAGCAGCAGACAGGGGGCGCCGCCGUGGACAAAAAGGAGAGGAAGAAGCAGGUGAAAGAGUCCCAGAGAGAGAAGAGGAAAAACAAAGUGCCAAAACACGUGAAGAAGAGAAAAGAGAAAGUCGCCAAGAUGAAGAAAGGAAAAUAACAACAGAACCCAAACCAACUUCCUGUUUCCUCAGACCCACUUCCUGUUUCCUCAGACAGACAACCAGAGGCAGUGUAACCUGGACUGUUAUUAGUAUUAUUAGUACUAUUAUUAUUAUUAUUAUUAUUAUUAUUGUUGUUGUUGUUGUUGUUGUUGUUAUCAAAAUAAUAAAAUGGCUGCCUGGGUCAGGUGUGUCAGAUCUGA